AUGUGCCGAGGGAAGGCGGUGCGCGACUUCACGGGGCCCGACUGCCGCUUCGUCAACUUCAAGAAGGGAGAGGCGGUCUACGUGUACUACAAGCUGAUCGGGGAGUCCACCGAGCUCUGGGCUGGCAGCGUUGGAAGUGAUUUUGGAUAUUUUCCAAAGGAUUUACUUGAAAUAAAUCAUAAUUAUACCAAUGAGGAGCUAGAAUUACCAACAGAUGAAACAGAUUUUGUUUGUUUUGAUGACGGAAAGGAUGAUUUUGACAAUUAUAAUGUAGAUGAACUUUUGAAGUCAUUGGGACAGCCUAUAACAAAUGAAGGUGAAACAGAAUCAAGUGAUCCAGAGACAAAACCAACUGAAGGAAUCAGAAGAAAUGAAGAGGUGGAAGAGGUUGAUCCAAURAAGUCCCUUGAUGCUGUGGAGACAGACAAUCUUGAGCUAAGCACAGAAGGAGAUGAGGAAGUCCUCUCUUUGCCAGAKGAAAGAGACAGUCCUUUUACAGAAGGAACUGAAAAUACUGGGGGAGGCCCCAAUGUAAAUAGCCACGAAGGCAACUCUCAGGGAGAUCACAUUGCACAUAAGCACUUAAAAGGAAUGCUACAUGCAAAACUAAAAGGGCUAGAAAGUGAAAGUACCAAAAACACUAGUAUUCCUCAGGAUGAAACCACUCAACUCGAAAAAGAGAGUGAAGAAAUUGAUGCCUAUACGCUUUUAAACAGAGAGCUGUCUGUGAACUUGAAAACCAAAUUUGGCUCCACUGCUGAUGCGAUUGUAUCUGAUGAUGAGGUGACUAGGCUUGUUACAUCACUAGAAGAUGAUUUUAAUGAAGAUUUGAGCACUGAGGAGGAAGAAAACUUUGUAGAUCAGUCUGAGGAAAUCCCUUUGCUGUCAUUUACGGCAGAUGACAAAAUUGCAUCCCUAGCAGAUUCAGAAGCUGAUGAGCCACUAAGUAAACUUGAUGAAAAUGAGAAGGGUGCUACAGAGCUAAAUAACCAAAAAGAUGAUAAGCAAGAAUAUGGUUCAGAUGCAUUCAUUUUUGAGCAUGCCUUCAGUAACAGCAGGAGGUCAGGUGACAAUAUAAAUGCAGAUAGGUCUGAAUCUGUAGAAGCAAAGGAGAAGCAGGAUGAGGUAAUGCUAAUUAGUAAAAACAAAGUAGCAGCAACGUCUCAACUGGAGGAUCUCUCCAAAGAACGCCUUAAAAAUGAACCUGUAGCUGUAGGUGAUCCUAGUUCAAAGGAAAAACCAAAUAAAACUGAACAGUUUGAAGAACAGCUCAUGGAUGGUGGGACUGAAACACGUACUAAUGAGCUGAAGAGUACAUCUGUGCCUGAUUCCCAUGUUUUCCCUAGUCCGGGAGAUGAAUCAUCUUCUAAAGGAAACCAAGAUGCUUUAAAACCGUCCCUUGGUGGCAUGACUGGAAGUCUAGAAGGAGUGCCGCUUGCUGACACAACUGAAGAGGAUGAAAGCAUUGAGGAUAAGAACCUGGAGGGGGACAUCUUGGAAAGUGAUUUAAAGCAAAAAAUGUUAUGGGAGAAAAGGGAGAAGGGAAGAGCAGAGGCAAAACCUUCUGUUGAUGUUCCAGCCAAACCAAUGGAAGAGGUACAAAAUGCAUCUCAAAAUAACUUGAGAGACACUAACCUCUUAAAAGACAAAACAGAGCAUGGAAUGCCUGCCGCGGAGAAAGAAGUUCUGAGUCAUGAAGAAGAUUUAAAACAAGUAGGGGAGGCUGAUCAAGAAAACCCAAAAAGCACCCCUUUUAAAGAACCUAAAAUAAAAAGCAUAAACAUGAAAGUAAGCCCUACUGGGGAAGGAGACCCAAACCAUCAGCAUGAGAGCAGGGAAGCAGUGAACGGAUCCAGGCCAGAGGAAAAUGAGACAGAGUAUUCAGAGGAGGAUGUGARAGAAGAGUUUUCAAGAAAUCUUGGCAAGGUGACAAUACUUGAAGAAAGUAUUCAGGAAAGCUCCCCCGAAGAAAAACCAAAAGGCACCACACAGAAUACUAAUAGAGAGAAUUUACCUCAGCAAGGCAUUAAUCAUACUGAGGAUGGAGGUUCAGAGGGUGAUCUUGGCACACAUUUAGCUACAGAAAAAAUCCUAAGAGAAGAAUUCCAGUCUGAAUAUUCGAAUGCUGAAGAAGAUCCUGAUCUGAAACAAGCAGAGGAAGAGCUCUUGGAAGAUGAGAACGCUGCAAGUGCAAAGUUGUCACAAGCAAGACUUGCAAUUGUACAGGGUAAUAAACUAAAUAUUAGAAGUAAAAAACUUGAAUUAGAGUCACUAAGUGAAGCUGUUUCAGGAGCUGCUAAUUCUAAUUCCAAAACUGAUGAAACAGGAGAGGAAAUAAAUGCAUUUUCUGAAGAAGUAAAGAAAAUGAUCAGCAUGGAAGAUACAACUGAGGAUGACGUACCAGUCAGUAAUGAUUCUGUUCUGGAUGAAAGGGAACAUGCCAAGGAAGAUGAUGAUGAUGAUGAUGAGUCUUCUGAAGCCAAAGAACCAUCAGCUCUGGAAGAACAUAACUUCAAAUCUUCUGAAACAGAAGACAGUGAUGACUUUAACCGAAGACAAGAACCUCUCCCAGAGGCUGUUUCACAAAAAGACUCAAAGGAGAUGCAAAAUUUAGAGCGCACAAGGAAUGAUCACCAGCAGUCUGCACAUCUCCCCAACCCUGCUGAUGUCUCAGCRACCACAAAUGAUACUGGCAUAUCAGACUACAGUGAAUCUGUGAAACGACUCGCAAUAUUGAGGGAAUUCCUCGAUGAAAAGCGGAUAGCACGUUUACAAAAGUACCUCGGGCUCCAUGAGGUGGUUAGAAUAGAAGGCAUGUUUCAGGACAUGAAGAUAGAGUUGGAGCUUGCUCGUAAAGCAAGUCAUAAUAACGAAGAAAUAGAAAAAGCUUUGGACCAGAUACUUGAAUUUUCAGAAUCUAGUAUUAUGGAUGUUGUAGGAAAAGUUCUAGAUUCCAGAGUGGCAGAAAAUAAAGAGGAGGUGGUGAAAGAGAUGGAUUUGUAUGAUGAGGAGAGUGCACUGAUGGAUGAUAUUCAAGAAUUAAUAUAUUCUUUAAGGAGUAAAUACUCAUCUGCUAGUGAGAGUGUCCCACUUGCAGGUGUUCCAGAACCAGAACAGGAAGAAGACCAGCUCUAUCCUGAAGAUGCUGCCAAAGAAGCUGAAGAUGACAGUGUUCCCUUCAGGAACCCAAAUGCCAUUGAUCAGAGUGAUGAGGUAUUUCUGCACCUUGAAGACAAGAGGACAGAGCUGGCCAUGGAAGAGGAUGAGCAAGGUGCUGCCAUCCCACCCAAGCAGGAAGAGGUCAGCCCUGCGGAUAGUGGAGAUGCUCAGGAAGGGAAUGACGAGGAAAGAUUUCAGCCAGCAGAUACUUCCUUUGAGUCACUUGAUUCCAAACAAAGCACCAAGGAAGAUAUUGUGGCAGGAGCCGCCGCYCGGGGAGCGCUCGGCGAGGCGCUGGCGGCGGCCACGGAGGAGCUGCGGCCGCUCGCCCAGCAGUUGAUUGCUACCCUGCCUGAGGAUAUCCGUCCUGGGCCUACUUUCCAUGGGCUUCCGUGGGAGCCUGUCAUCAUCACUGCCUUAGUGGGAAUUGCCACACUUGCUAUAAUCUUCUGGAGAACCUGCCUUUCCGUAAAGAGUAGAAUGUAUCAAGUGACUGAGAAGCAACUUGCUGAAAAGAUUAAAAACCUUCUACAAGAAAAAACAGAAAUCCUAGAAAAGAUAUCAGAGUAUGAUAAGAAGAUAAAGGAAGCAAAGGAAUCUGUGAAAGUUGCCCAAGAACAAAAAGACAUGGUAUCAGAUGAAGCUGCAGAACUUAAGGAUACUGUCAAAGGGCUGGAAGAAACAAAUCGUGUGCUGGAUGACAAAGUAAAAAGCCUGCACAAGUUGCUUGAAACAGAGAGAAAACAGAAUGAGAAGAAACAGAACAAGAUUUCCGAAGCCCAGAAGUCCCUGGAGAAACUUCAGGAAGUUAUCAGUGUGCAUUCUGUAGAGCUUUCAGAGGUGCAGAUCGCCCUCAAUGAAGCUAAGCUAAGCGAAGAAAAGGUGAAAUCUGAACUUCAUCAUGUGCAAGAAGAAAAUGCUAGGCUGAAAAAGAGCAAAGAGCAGCUACUGAAAGAAGCUGAAGGUUGGAGUGAAAGACAUAGUGAGCUCAGUGAGCAAAUUAAAUUGUAUCAGAAGUCUCAGAAAGACAUAGAAGAAGCUCUUGCCUACAAGGAAAACGAAAUUGAAGUUUUAACGAACUGCAUUAUGCAGCUGAAGCAGCUUGACAUUGCUCCCACCUCGGAGGCCACCAAGGAUGGGGAAGGGCAUGAAUGGCCUCCGGGAGACGACCUGGCCAACGGGGAGUUACCAGAUAAUGACAGUGAAAAGAUGAAGACUCAGAUUAAGCAGAUGAUGGAUGUCUCAAGGGUAAAAACUAUGUUAUCCAUAGUAGAAGAAGACAGAGAUCUUCUGCGGUCCAAACUGAGUGAUGAAGUAACAGCAAGGCAUGAGCUGGAAGAGCAAAUAAAGAAGCUGGAACACGACUCCUGUUCACUGCAGUCUGCCAAAGCUCGCCUGGAAAACGAAUGCAAAACGUUACAGCAGAAAGUGGAGAUUCUCAAUGAGCUUUACCAGCAGAAAGAGAUGGCGCUGCAGAAAAAACUGACGCAGGAAGAGUACGAGCGCCAGGAGAAGGAGCAGAAAUUGUCUGCUGCAGAUGAAAAAGCAGUGCUGGCCAUUGAAGAAGUGAAAGUUUACAAGCAAAGGAUUCAAGAUAUGGAAGAAGAAUUGCAGAAAACAGAGAGAUCUUACAAAAAUCAGAUUGCUGCUCAUGAGAAAAAGGCACAUGACAACUGGCUUAUUGCCCGCUCUGCUGAGAGAGCUUUGGCUGAAGAAAAGAGAGAAGCAGCCAACCUGAGGCAGAAAUUAAUAGAAGUGAACCAAAAAAUUGUCAUGCUUCAAAGACCAUUAAUUGUCAAGCCAACUCCAGGCAGACCUGAUCGUCAAAUCCCUCCACGAAGAGGGCCCUUAAGCCGAGAUGGCUCCUACGGCCCAUCACCUGUGAGUGGAGGAAAUCCUUCCCCCACGCAGAUGMUUGAAGUUCCUGGUCGUCCCCUUUCUGCUCCUCGAAGAGAAGGAUCAAGAGGUGAAUUYGGUGCAGUGGUUGAUGGCCCAGCUGUUCCACGGAGACCCCCAGAGCUAGCUGGAAGAAUGUCUGUUCCUGACCUGGGGCCUGCGGUAGCAUCCCUGAUCAGUCCUGCACCAAGGACCUCCUCCCCUUCUGCAGGAAUGGACGGAGUGCAGCCCUCUCCCAAAGAGUCUGAAGCCCCCUGUGUAACUACAGAUUCAUCUUCACCUAUUGAAGCAGCUACAGCUACUCUGGGUCCAAAAGGCCCCCCGUCUUUCCCUGGGACACCCAUCAUGACGUCCCCCGUGCUGGGACCUCCACCUCCGCUUCGAUACGGACCUCCACCGGCUCCUCUCCGCGGACACUUUGGACCCCGACCUCUUCCUGGGCCCCUAGUUCGUGGCCCUCCGUUGCCACCUCCGGCCGUACGAGACUUCCUGCCUGGUCCCCCCUUAGGAAUGAGAGACCUGCCUCCCGGCCCGCUACCGCCGCCGGACCCCAGAGCCUAUGGCCGGGGGCACCCCCCGUUCCCCGCCAUGGGGCCGCACGGCCCCAGGGAGUAUCCAAGAGAGGGUCCCCCGGGCCCACGGCUGCCCCCACCCGGCUCCAGGGACUAUCCCCCGCUUCAUCCCCGGGACUCGGCUCCUCCGGCACCCAGGGACUUCCCGGCAAACCCUCCUCCUCCUCCUGCAGCAGCUGCCAGCACCAAGGACUGCACACAGGCUCCAGCACCCAAACCUUAACUGCGGGGCUCUGGGACAGGCCCAGCGCGCUUCCUGCAGGCAGAACGCCGGGAAAACGCUGCUCCUCUCACGGAAGCAGUUUGUCCCAGUUCAGUCUCUUUCAGCUUUUGCAGGGUUAAUUUUUAUCCGAUCGCUACAGACAUCUUAUGUGCAUUUAUGAUCACCUGAAGCUCAUCCAUCCUCUUGGGCUGCAAGAAACUUUCUUGUGAUGGACUUGAACCUAAGUGCAAUAGAAAGGAAGUACCUGUGUGGCUAGUUUUAAUUAAAUGUAGCCUAUGUAACCAGUUGGGGGAAUGAACUAAUUUCGUGAAAAAUGUAAUUCAAAUCAUUUCCUGUGGAAAUAAUUUUUAAGUAAAAUGCUAUCUUACCUGCCUUCUCCAUCACAUCAUUCAGCUGCAGUUAUUGUAGACCAGGGGUUUACCU